CGUAUUUAUAACUUUUCAUUUGAAUUUCUUGCCGCGUUCUGUGAAAUGUAGUGGAGCCGGAAACUUUCUUCAUGCCAACUUUAUUCCGGGGGAUUUUUUGUGUGCCGUACCUUCAAGCCGGAAGUUGUUGGUAUCCAUCAAAUAUGUCAUACGUAGCUCACUAACUGAAUGAAUUAUCGCCCAUCUAAUUGGGUGCAUUUAUAACGAAUGCCUUCCCCAAAAUGUCAUAAAUGAAGAAAUGUGGACAUUGGUGCGUUACAAGACCUAAUACUAUUAACGACGUUAUUCCUGGUAAGUGCCCAUAGAUGGCUAACGACAAUGUCUAACUAGCUCUAAACCUGGCUAACACCGGGCUAGGUAGCUAGCUAGCAAUAUCUCCCUGGCUUGCCAGCAAACAAGACUACAUAGCUAGUAACUAGCUAACCGAGAAUGUAACGUUAGCUAACUAAUAACACAGCGAGACAUAGCUACCUUUCCCUUCUUUCGCCGUCUCAUGAGUGGCCAGCAUACUCAUGACAAAAAACAAAGCAGUUUACUUGGCUAAGCAGAAACAGACAAGUAAUUGGUUUGCGUGUCUAGUGGUAGGCUUGUGUGUUUCUUCUGACCAAUUGGUUUUCUGUCCAAUGUUGUGUGUGUGUGUGUGUGUGUGUGUGUGUGUGUAGCCGGCGGGUUGCCAUGGCUACGAGGAUGAAGUUAAAACUGAAGACUGUGUUUGUCCUGUACUUCAUGGUCUCACUUAUGGGCCUCAUCUACGCUCUCAUGCAGCUGGGUAAGACUGUAUAUAUGAGAGUAGAAGAAGUUCAGGAGAAAAAACUAACUAAAUAUAAUUAUUGUAAAAUUGACUGUGUCCAUAAAAUGUAGAUAGUAAGUAUAAGCUGGAAGUAGAGGCCUAAGCAUUGUUGUUUACUCCAAGUAGGGAAAGGGUGGUGGGGUUGGAAAGUAAUAAAGGGGAAUAUAUUUAAAAAAUAAAAAUAAAAAUUAAAAAAAAGAAGAAAGAAAAUGUAUAUCUCUCCUUUCCUCAUCUCCUUUCCUUGUCUUCUCUUUCCUCGUCUUCUCUUUCCUCGUCUCCUUUCCUUGUCUUCUCUUUCCUCGUCUUCCCUUUCCUCGUCUCCUUUCCUUGUCUUCUCUUUCCUCGUCUUCUCUUUCCUCGUCUCCUUUCCUUGUCUUCUCUUUCCUCGUCUUCCCUUUCCUCGUCUCCUUUCCUUGUCUUCUCUUUCCCUUGUAUCCUCUGUGUAUCCUCUCGGUGUCUCCUUUCCUUUGUAAUCACUGACAGUCCUAUGACGUGCUCAUAGAUCAGUAGUCUCGCAGGAAAGCAUCACAGAUCGCUGUUUGGUGAACACAGGCCUAACCAGAGCCAUACCUUUGUAAAUAAGAAAUAUAAAUAUAUGGCUUUGGUCCUAACUAGCCUUUACUUCCAUGAGAUAUAGUCCCUGGUCAAAAGUAGUGCACUGAAUAGGAGACAGGAAUUGAGCUGCAUUUCAAUUGACACCUUAACUGACUGUAUAACCUGUCUCUGUCCCCAGGCCAGCGCUGUGACUGUGCAGAGCAUGACAUGCCCAAGGACCGUACUAUCUCUCGUCUGCGGGGGGAACUGCAUCGGCUGCAGGAACAGAUGAGGAAGGCUGAGGCCACCAAACCACCCCAGAAACUAGCAGUUAAACCGUCCCAACCCACCAUCUACGUCAUCACACCAACCUACACCAGGUAGGAAGAUGGACAGAGAGAGAGACACACACUUUCUCUACCGCCUGUUGUCUCUUCACUCUCUCUUUCCCUUCCUCCCUCCAUCUCUAACAUUCUCUCCAUCCCCUUCUCUAGGUUUGUCCAGAAAGCAGAGUUAACCCGGCUAGCCCAGACAUUUCUCCAUGUCCCUCAGAUCCACUGGAUCUUGGUGGAAGACUCUCCCCAUAAAACCCCUCUGGUCUCUGGGUUCCUGGCCUCCAGCGGCCUGGCCUACACACACCUCCACACCCCCACGCCACGCGACCGCAAACUACAGGAGGUGGGUUCAGAUUUGGUUGCUGACCAGGCCCACUAUUUUGCAGUCGUCUGCCAGAUCUCACAAUGCCUAGAUAGCUAACCGCAUUAUAUAAAGAAAUCUGAUUUACACAACCUUAUUUACUCACUUACAGACUCCUACAGAGUCUACAUUUUAAAUUAAACGAAGGAUUCAUUAAAUGACCAUAUUUAUUCAUUGAUUGGAUUUAUCGUUUGAUUUAUUGAUUGGUUAUUCCCCCCAGGGUGACCCUAGCUGGUUGAAGCCCCGCGGGGCGGAGCAGAGGAACGAGGGGCUACGGUGGCUGAGAGAGGACAGGAGGGGGCAGCCUGGAGCAGACACACAGCUGGGCGUGGUCUACUUCGCUGACGACGACAACACCUACAGCCUGCAGCUCUUUGAGGAGGUAGGAGAUGGCGACACGGGAUCUGGCGUCUUCUCUCUUCACCCUUUUCAUUGUUGUCCCCCUGGGGGCGGUGCCAGGAAGAGGGAUCAAUGAGAUAGCCAGCUAACUGUCCUAAAUAUUCUGAAAUAACUUCCUCUUUUCAAGAAAUAGACUUGAAAUUGGUAUGGUUAAAUUGAUUUGACAACCAACAAGACAUAUUGAAGUUUAGCUUCCAAAGUGAACCACAACAUUUAAGAGCUAUAUCUAACUUGCAUUCUUGUUGACUAGUUUAAAACUUGACUGUAACAUCUCUUCUUCUUCCCCUCCCUUUCCACCCCUCCCCCUCUAGAUGUGUGGUACCCAGCGUGUCUAACAUCUCUCUCUAGAUGUGUGGUACCCAGCGUCUCUCUGUAACAUCUCUCUAGAUGUGUGGUACCCAGCGUCUCUGUAACAUCUCUCUAGAUGUGUGGUACCCAACGUCUCUCUGUAACAUCACACAAGAUGUGUGGUACCCAGCGUGUCUCUGUAACAUCUCUCUAGAUGUGUGGUACCCAGCGCCUCUCUGUAACAUCACACAAGAUGUGUGGUACCCAGCGUGUCUCUGUAACAUCUCUCUAGAUGUGUGGUACCCAGCGUCUCUCUGUAACAUCUCUCUAGAUGUGUGGUACCCAGCGUCUCUCUGUAACAUCUCUCUAGAUGUGUGGUACCCAGCGUCUCUCUGUAACAUCUCUCUAGAUGUGUGGUACCCAGCGUCUCUCUGUAACAUCUCUCUAGAUGUGUGGUACCCAGCGUCUCUCUGUAAUAUCUCUCUAGAUGUGUGGUACCCAGCGUGUCUCUGUAACAUCACACAAGAUGUGUGGUACCCAGCGUCUCUCUGUAACAUCUCUCUAGAUGUGUGGUACCCAGCGUCUCUCUGUAACAUCUCUCUCCCUCUAGAUGUGUGGUACCCAGCGUGUCUCUGUAACAUCUCUCUAGAUGUGUGGUACCCAGCGCCUCUCUGUAACAUCUCUCUAGAUGUGUGGUACCCAGCGUCUCUCUGUAACAUCUCUCUAGAUGUGUGGUACCCAGCGUGUCUCUGUAACAUCUCUCUAGAUGUGUGGUACCCAGCGUGUCUGUAACAUCUCUCUCUCGCUAGAUGUGUGGUACCCAAUGUGUCUCUGUAACAUCUCUCUCCCUCUAGAUGUGUGGUACCCAGCGUGUCUCUGUAACAUCUCUCUCCCUCUAGAUGUGUGGUACCCAGCGUGUCUCUGUAACAUCUCUCUCUAGAUGUGUGGUACCCAGCGUGUCUCUGUAACAUCUCUCUAGAUGUGUGGUACCCAGCGUGUCUGUAACAUCUCUCUAGAUGUGUGGUACCCAGCGUGUCUCUGUAACAUCUCUCUAGAUGUGUGGUACCCAGCGUGUCUGUAACAUCUCUCUCUCGCUAGAUGUGUGGUACCCAGCGUGUCUCUGUAACAUCUCUCUCCCUCUAGAUGUGUGGUACCCAGCGUGUCUCUGUAACAUCUCUCUCUAGAUGUGUGGGUACCCAGCGUGUCUCUGUAACAUCUCUCUAGAUGUGUGGUACCCAGCGUGUCUCUGUAACAUCUCUCUAGAUGUGUGGUACCCAAGCGUGUCUCUGUAACAUCUCUCUAGAUGUGUGGGUACCCAGCGUGUCUGUAACAUUCUCUCCUCCCUCUAGAUGUAUGGUACCCAGCGUGUCUCUGUAACAUCUCUCUCCCUCUAGAUGUGUGGUACCCAGCGUCUCUCUGUAACAUCUCUCUAGAUGUGUGGUACCCAGCGUGUCUCUGUAACAUCUCUCUCCCUCUAGAUGUGUGGUACCCAGCGUGUCUCUGUAACAUCUCUCUCCCUCUAGAUGUGUGGUACCCAGUGUGUCUCUGUAACAUCUCUCUCUCUCUAGAUGUGUGGGUACCCAGCGUGUCUCUGUAACAUCUCUCUAGAUGUGUGGGUACCCAGCGUGUCUCUGUAACAUCUCUCUCCCUCUAGAUUGUGUGGUACCCCAGUGUGUCUUCUGUAACAUCUCUCUCCCUCUAUGAAUGUGUGGUACCCAGCGUGUCUCUGUAACAUCUCUCUCCCUCUAGAUGUGUGGUACCCAGCGUGUCUCUGUAACAUCUCUCUAGAUGUGUGGUACCCAGUGUGUCUCUGUAACAUCUCUCUAGAUGUGUGGUACCCAGCGUGUCUCUGUAACAUCUCUCUAGAUGUGUGGUACCCAGCGUGUCUCUGUAACAUCUCUCUAGAUGUGUGGUACCCAGCGUGUCUCUGUAACAUCUCUCUAGAUGCGUGAUACCCAGCGUGUCUCUGUAACAUCUCUCUAGAUGUGUGGUACCCAGCGUGUCUCUGUAACAUCUCUCUAGAUGUGUGGUACCCAGCGUGUCUCUGUAACAUCUCUCUAGAUGUGUGGUACCCAGCGUGUCUCUGUAACAUCUCUCUCCCUCUAGAUGUGUGGUACCCAGCGUCUCUCUGUAACAUCUCUCUAGAUGUGUGGUACCCAGCGUCUCUCUGUAACAUCUCUCUAGAUGUGUGGUACCCAACGUGUCUCUGUAACAUCUCUCUCCCUCUAGAUGCGUGAUACCCAGCGUGUCUCUGUGUGGCCAGUCGGCCUGGUGGGAGGGAUGAGAUAUGAGAGACCCGUGGUCGAGGGGGGGAAAGUCGUACGCUUCCACACUGGCUGGCGCCCCAGCCGCCCCUUCCCAUUGGACAUGGCUGGCUUCGCCGUGUCGCUCAAGCUGGUGAUCGCCAAUCAGGACGCGUGUUUCGACGGCGACGCACCGAUGGGGUUCCUGGAAAGCAGCUUCCUGCAGGGAUUGGUUACCAUGGAAGAACUAGAACCUAAGGCAGAGAAUUGUACUAAGGUGUGUGUGUGGGGCGGGGGGAGGAGUAGCUGGGUAAGGGGGGGGGAUGGGGGGGAGGCGACUGGGUAAGGGAGG